AUGCAGCUUAAGCUUUACGUGAUCAGCUUGAUCAGGUACUUCGGUUUCACGUCCUUGAUUGGACUGGACUCGGUGGAUGAGGCUCCUUUAUUAAAAGGAGAUAACACCACUCUGGAGGAACUCAGCUCCACACCACCCAUUUUUGUGCCACCCGGUACCGGUAAAGAUAAUCGCAUCAAGUGCAAUUACCCGGGACUGCCCGGCUGGUGGCAUCCGGAUUCACCAGAUUUAAGAGAUGUCUGGCUCCGGAAUAAUAAAACUGGGCGUGAGUACAACAUCAAAACUGAUUAUGAGGCUUCCUGGCCACAGGGAGUACGGCGCGAUUACCAUAUCAUUGUUAGUAAUGACACCACUGCGAAUUGGGAUGGAAUCCCCUUUCCUGGGGCAAAGUUGAUCAAUGGAACCUUUCCUGGGCCCUGGAUUCAGGCAUGCUGGGGAGAUUCAGUUCACGUCACUGUCACGAAUAACCUCACUUACAAUGGAACGGCCAUUCAUAUGCAUGGGCUGCGCAUGCUUAAUAAUAGUCUGAUGGAUGGCGUACCUGGGGUCACUCAGUGCCCAAUUCCACCAGGGGAGAGUUUUACAUACAAAUUCAGAGCCACACAAUAUGGCACCACCUGGUACCACAGCCAUUACUCACUUCAAUAUAGUGAUGGCAUGUAUGGGCCCCUGACCAUUCAUGGACCCACAUCGGCCAACUGGGAUGAGUCCAUUGACCCAAUUCUCCUGGGCGACCAUAAUCACAGAAGUGCCUUCCAAGACUACUAUCAGGAGCAAUUUUCCGGAAAAAAUAGAGCGCCACCCAAGAUGACCAGCAUCCUAAUCAACGGAAAUGGGAGCUAUGCUGGAAUGUUGCUUAGGAGAUAUCCAAUGGAGGUUGAAGGUCGUAAACGUUACUUGUUAAGACUAAUCAACACGUCCACUGAUACAACCUAUGUGUUCGCCAUUGAUAACCACAACUUUACUGUUAUUGAGUCGGACCUGGUGCCUAUUGAGCCUUAUGAAACAGACCAUUUGGCAAUUGGAAUUGGGCAACGAUACCAUGUUGUGCUAAACACAUGGCCGGAGGAACAGCGAAAUGGGACCAAUGAAUUUUGGAUACGGACUGUGCCAGCUGAUCACUGCAACAGCUUUGCUGAUCGACUUGACGUACGGCAGGGCAUCCUGUGCUAUAAGGGCUAUAAUUGCGGAUGGCCGACAACAAGUGAGGGUGAAUACAACUACACCUGUCGUGAUGAGCCACCGGAAAAACUGCGGCCCAUCAUUCCAUGGACAGUGCCUUCUCUCGAAGAGGGUGACAUUGAUCUACCCAACGCGACGAUCAUGCUUGCAAACUGGUCUCUCCCUGCUGAGCCACCUGACAUACCAUCAGGCCCCGUGGUGAACAACUGGCACAUGUUGGAUCACACCCUUUGGGUGAACUAUUCAGAGCCGACAGUGAGCAAUCUUGAUAGUCCAUUUGGCGAUAACGCCGUCGUAUAUACGGUUGAUAAAAAUCCCCCUCACAAAGAGUGGAACUACAUGGUUAUCGUUGGAGGUAAGGAUAAAAACUUGGGUCCUCCAAAGGGCGGUCGAUUGAUCCCUGCUGCGCAUCCGAUCCAUCUCCACGGCCAUGACUUCGCACUACUGCAGCAGUCAGAGUAUACUUACAAAGGGCCAAGUUCACUAAAUUUGACAUAUAACAAUCCACCUCGCCGUGACGUGGUGCUUCUGCCAAAGGAUGGUUUUGUAGUCAUCGCAUUUAAAGCUGACAACCCCGGUGCUUGGGCAGUCCAUUGCCAUAUCGCCUGGCAUGCUUCAGCUGGGCUAGCGUUCCAGAUCUUGGAAAGCAAAAAUGAUUUCAAGCGCCUGAUGGACAAACAACCUCGGGACAGAAGACAACUCGACAGGACGUGCCGGCGUUGGAACGAAUGGCGUUUUAACCCGGACAAAUUCUGGCACCGCAAAGGUCGUUUCCAGGAUGAUUCCGGCAUAUAG